AUGGACGAGUAUGUGGCUAUGGACGUAUUGAUGGAGUCGAAAAGUUUAGCCCAACUGAAGCACGAAUUGGACUGCCUUCCAAACACUUUAUUGUUACCGAUAGCCAGAGAAUGCUUGGACCGUUUUGCCUUAGCCAAUUACGCUGGAUUUAUUGGUAAUGUCCUUUCGAUUUCCGUUCCUUUCAUUGAUCUGUUUGGUGAAUUAAUCCACUGCGAUUAA